AUGUUGUGGACCAUUGUUGCUCUCGGGGUUGCAGCGUUUUUGGGAUAUCAUGCCUAUGACACUUUUGUUGGAAGAAAAAGGAUUCCUAUCAAGGAAAUUCUCCAACGUCGUACCUAUGAGCUCCGUAGCGUGGAGGCUCCCAAGCUAACAGGCUCACUCUUUUGGUUAUUCGUUACCUUGCUCGAGUAUGCUCCAUUGGGUGAUUGGAUCGUUCCAUUGAUUUUGAAAUCCUCCAAUUUCUCAUUAUUGGAUGAAUUGAGCCUUUAUAAUGCUCCUAAAUUAUAUCCAAUUCCCGAAAGGAAUGAACAAGAUCAACUGAAGGAUUUACAAUUUGCUCAAGAACAUGCUGGAAUGUCAGUUCAAGAGAUUCAAAAGAAGGAAAUUGAACGUAUUCUCAACGAAUAUUAUUCAAGUUCUGAAUCCAGUAAUAACAAUGGAGAAGAAAACACUAAACCAAUUUGGAAAAAUUUGACACAAUUCCAUCGACUUUACAAGGAACGUAAAACCACUCCAUUGAAAGUUGCUCAAAAUAUUUUGGAAGCAAUCAAGAAGGGAGAUUCUCGUCAACCACCACUCUUGGCAGUCAUUAAAUAUGAUGCUGAUUUGUUUUUGAAACAAGCAAAGGAAUCGACUGAGAGAUUUGAAAAUGGAACGGAAAUUUCUGUAUUUGAUGGAAUUCCUGUCACCAUUAAGGAUGAGUUGGAUCUUGCCGGAUUUACCUCAAGUAAGGGCAUGAAAGUCACUGAAUAUUCGAAUCACGUAAUCACUUUGGAGGAGGAAAGUAACAUUUGUAAAUCAUUGCGUGCUUUGGGUGCAAUUUUUGUUGGUAAGGCAAACCAGAAUGAGAUUGGAAUUUGUCCUCGUGGAAUGAAUUUAAAUUUUGGAAGUGCAAGAAAUCCAUUCAACAUGAAAUGUGACACCGGAGGUAGUUCCAGCGGAGGAGGAGCAUGUGUGGCUUCUGGCCUUGUUCCAUUGUCCAUUGGAACAGAUGGUGGAGGUUCCAUUCGAGUACCUGCAUCCUUCUGCGGACUCUAUGGAUUAAAACCUACUCAUUUCAGAGUCUCCACUUAUCAACACAGCGCUCCUGUUGCCUUCUCCACUUGUGUGGCUGGUCCAUUGACUUCUUCUGCCAUUGAUUUGACUCUUUCAUUUGCUGCCAUUGCAGGUCGAAGAGAAAAUGAUUCAUUUUCAUGGUCUCAACCUCGAGAUUUGAGAUUGAGCGAAAUUCGAUUGGCCGACAAAGAGUAUUAUUCUCUUGAAGGACAAAAAAUUGGUAUCGACAAUGCCUAUUUCAAUGACGUCAAGGAUCAACGAAUUGUGAAAAUGUGUAGAGAUUUUAUUGAAAAUGUAUUUUGCAAAGUUUAUGGAGCUCAAGUUGAUGAUUCUAUUUUCACACCACUUCUCGAACCAAGUAGAGUCUCUCAUUUGGUUUGUAUUGCCUCAGAGAUGAGAAAUGGAAUGAAGGACUAUGGAUACUUUGAAUAUAGUAAGAGAUCAUUGCUCUGUCCUGAAACCAGAAUGAGUUUGCUUUCACAAAAGUAUAUUUCAUCCUCACAAUUCAUUUCCGCUCAAAGAAUUCGUUCUCAUCAAAUGGAAGAAUUCGACAAGAUUUUCCAAAAUGUGAAUGUUUAUGCGACACCCACUAUUGCUGGAGUGACUCCAGAAUUUGUGGAUGAGCAAGUCAUGAAGGGAGGUUAUGGCGUGAGUGAUUAUGACGUCUUGUCACAAAUUAUGAAAUUUAUUUUUAUUUCCAACUUUUGUGGAUAUCCUUCCAUUACCAUUCCUAUUGGAUUUGUUGAUGGAAAACCGGUUGGAUUGCAAUUAAUGGCCAAGCAUUGGGAUGAAGUCACUCUAUUGAAAUAUGCUCUAUUGGCUGAGAAGUAUACUGAAAAGAAGAAACCAGAAAUGUUGUUUGAAAUUUUGUAA